AUGCAGGAAAUCAAAACCCUCUCGCAGUUUAACAAACUCAAAGCCAACCCUCUCCUCAUCAUCGACUUUUAUGCCACAUGGUGCGGUCCCUGCAAAGUCAUCUCCCCCGCAUUCGACAGACUCGCAAACCCCCACGAAUCCUCCCCCUCAAUCAUCUUUGCGAAAGUCGACGUCGAUAAGGCGAAAGAUGUUGCGCAAACAUGUGGCAUAACGGCCAUGCCGACGUUCCAAGUCUUCAAGAACGGCAGCAAAGUGGAUGAAGUCAAGGGCGCGGAUGUUCAACAACUAACGACCAAGAUUGGAUAUUAUACGGCGGCAGCGGCAAAGGAGAAUACUGGGCAAGGAGCUUCGUCGACCAGCGGUUUGAAGUCGAAGAAGGCAGAUUCUACAGCUGGUCCGGGCAGUCUACGCUCAUUAAUCGAUAUCGACGCGGCCAAGUUGUUCAAUAACUCCAACCUCAGCUCCGCACGGAAUAUCGCCUCCCCUCCUCCAGCAGGAUACGCCGUGGCAUCCGCAUCAGGCGCACGUCUCCUCAUCCACCUCCCCUUCACCCAAGCCGUCAGCGCCAGCCACCUCCACAUAAGCAUUGCGAAAGACUCCCUUUCCAACGCUCCUUCUAGGAUACAAGUUGGCACAAACGUCCCAGUCCGGGUAACAAAGUCCCCCGAGGGGGUCGAGUCAAACGAUCUCGAUUUGGAGUCUUUGACCAAGGCGGAAAAUACUCAAGCGUUCAAUGUCUUCUCUGACGAAUACGUUGAUGGCAAAGCCGAGCUGAAGCUUAAGACCUCCAAAUUUACUGCGAUCAAGAGCUUGACCAUUCGGGUUGAUGCAAAUCUAAGCGGCGAUGAAAAGACGAUUAGCAAGAUUGGAACAAUGGACAUAAUUGGUAGCAAGGUCUGA